AUGAUCAAUCUCGGCGUGAGCUUGAUCAUCACCGCUGGGAUGAUCGCUACAUCUCUCUGGUGGUUGUCGUCAGAGUGGGGCAGCUACGGCUGCUACUCUGCGAUGUCACGCCCUGUCGUCCUGUGCUACAACUCUGUCAUGGCGGUCGGGCAAGUGAGCUUGCUCGUUUGGCACUACUUGGACAAGAACCCCCUGGUGGUUCGCUAUCAUGUCCCUGGUCGCCCUGAGAUUGCCACAGUGCAUCGGUCCUUCUUACAUCGCCAGCGUUGGAGCACCUUCACGAUUUGGAGCAACACCGUGAGUGGUGCAUUCUUCGUGUUGGCCGCGUUGCAGGGCUGGUCGAGGAGCCCAUCUCCAUCGCUGUGCAUGGCAACGCAGCUCGCCUGGGAGCUUUUGUUCCCCUUGGCGUUCUUCGUGAACAUCGUGGUUAGCUUUGUGCUGAUACCCGGCUUGAAGAAACUGCGUGAUGACUUCAAGCUGCGGCGCAUCCUCCGCCUCAAGCCACAGUUGCUCCACAAUGGAUUGGUUUUGUCAGCAGCCGUCGAAGCCUGGAUCGCCCAGCCUCCAUUGCUGCUGACGCAUUUCCCGGUACUCGUGUUGUUCGGGAGCCUCUACGUUGUCUUUGCCUGGCAUUUCUUCCUGCAGACACAGAUCUUCCACUACAUGUUCAUGGACUUUCGCUUCAAAUAUCAGCCUAUCGCCCUGGUUCUGCUGCUGGCUCUCCUCGGAGCGCUCUACGCGCUUGGCGCAGGGGCCUUGGCCAUGGACUCGGGUGGUGUGCGGCUGCUGAUCUUCCUUGCGGCGCUGGGAACCUGUACAUGGCGUGCUGAAGUGGUUCCAGAUGCAAGUGAGCGCAGUUCAGGCACCCAGGCCGGCACAGCAACAAAGUAG